AUGGUGCUCGGGGUGAGAGAAAGCAUGCAGUUUGCGGCGCCACCUAGACGGCUGAUUGUUAUUGAAUGGCCUGUGAUGCAUCUGUCUCUUUUCUAUUCGCCAGAGCUUUUCGGCUUCAACGGGAAUAUCCACAAUGCAACGAGCCCGUAUGCCUGGUCCUCAGCCACAUUUAGCACCACACUUUCAUCACUCCGACUUACUGGAGAUACAGAUCAGUUCCGAUCCACCGCGAACGAAGUUUCGACUCAAGGGAAUCUCACGCAAACUAGUAGUACUUGCACCGACAAGGAUUACCCACAACGUAGCUAUAUCAACAAUACGAUCGACAAUGGGUACAUUCGACAGUACAGUAGUACUGUACUGACACCUAUGAGUAUAAUCAAUGGCUACAUACACUACGAUGACGUCUUAACAUCAUCAGCCACCGGGGCCUUCGGGUUAGACGUUGAAGGAACAGUAUACCUUCAUACUUUCUAG